AUGAUUGCGAUGAGGCGGAUCAUCAACCACGCUGACAUUACACAACUGAUUGAUCUCGAGACUUCUCCUCUGGGACAGUGGUGUCUACAGAGCUUACACAGCUCAAUUAGAGAGCUUCGGAUUGCUUCGGGGCGCGCUCUCCCUCUCUUCCUAGAAGAUACCAACUCCGAUACACUUGAUGCCACUGUAAUUGAACGCAAUCGAAAGAACGCACUCAGUCUGCUUAAAGCUGCCUCGGAAAAGGACGCGGUCAUUUUCCAUGAAAGCGGGAUUCUGGCCUGGAGCCAACUUGGACGGGUUGUGACCGGAGACGAGCUGAAUCUCGUGCUGCAUAAGUUACUGGAGUAUCUUGGCAGUAUCAAUAGUUUGAUCGCAGCCUGUGCCUUCAACGAGAUAAUCAGCUUGGCAGCUGCAUUGAAGACAACACCCCGCCGCUUGUUUGAGCCCUUUUGGAGAAACCUAGCAUACUUCGCUGUUAAGGAUAUGAUAUCUCGACCGCAGAUGACACGUGCGAUUGCCGAUCUGCUGCAAAUUUCUGUUUCCGACUUCCUUUUGCUUGUUCAGACCCAUGCGAUGCCAUGGCUGGUCUUGAUGAAGAAGAAAGACGUCAUCCAAAAGAUUGCCGAAGCACGGGGCGAAAAGGACAUUUGGGUCCCUAUUCUGGACACUGCCAAUGCUGGCCCCAUUCUUGCGCUAUUGCUUGUGCAAGAUGUGCGGAAUAUCGAGCAAUUCGUCAUGUCAAGACUCGUUGAAGUGGCGUCUCAUCUGGAGUCCUUUAGCUUGGUUGAGCUGAUGCAAGCAGAGGUUGUCACUAUCGUCCUCGAGUUGUUGAAGGCAGCGGGCGAGGCGGAUGAAGCCCGAAAACCACGGAUCAUCGAAGCACUUACUUCCUUUUGCUCUAUGAUGAUGGUUGCAAACAAGGAGUCGCGACCGAGGAAGGGCAAUACUAUUGGAAGGUUUCUCCAGUCCUACAUUCUCGGCCUCAUGGCCAGACUUGCGGAUGUCAUUAAUGACAUGCCCCUUGUAUCGCCCCCGGUCGAGGAACAGAGGCGAUGCGUACGAGCUAUGGAGGAGAUGAUCAGACUUUGCAAAGCUUAUGUGCGCAUUGCGCGGCCUCAAAUAUCCGCUUGCCUGUUGUCAGCGUUGGCGCAGGACGAUUUAAGAGAAGCAGCAUUUUCUUGCUGGGCAGCUCUGCUCACCUAUCUGGAAUCGGAGGACGUUGAGGUGUUGCUUGAAACGACAUUCUUCGUCAUCAGCCACUACUGGCCAUUGUUCAAUGACAACACUCGACAGACGGCCAAAGGCUUGAUCACAACACUGAUGACUCAAUUCGACAUAGUCCUCAGUGAGAACAUUAGCAAACUCCCAUCAUUGGCCCACGUGCCAGAGCUGGCGGAUGUCGAAGCCCAGCUCAGCGCAAUUCGCCCCGCACUGGAUAGCAGCAGAGCGUUUGCUCUUUUUGCUGAGCGCAUAUCCCACGAGAACUCGGGUGUGGUAUUACAGGCUCUGGCUGAACUUGAGACCUAUCUCAAGCAAAGCGGAGGGUUCCUUCAAACUUCGACCAUCAGCCAACAACCAGACCCAGUUGUCUCUACUUUGCUUCGGGCCUUACUUGAUUGCGCGUCGAAGUACAGUUCCAUGCAGCUUGACAUUGCCAGUCUCUGCACACAAUGCAUCGGCUUGGUGGGCUGUCUAGACUCUAAUAGGGUCGAAGCGCCUCGGGAGCAAAAGUCGAUGGUGAUCUUGAGCAACUUUGACAACGCAGACGAGACGACUGAUUUUGUCCUAUUCAUCCUGGAGCAUAUCCUGGUCAAGGCGUUCUUAUCCACGACGGACACCAAACUCCAGGGUUUCUUGUCGUUCGCCAUGCAAGAACUGCUCGACAGGGUUGACAUCAAAGCGGCGUGCGCGAUGAAGGAAACCGGCAUGAGGGAUGGCGCCACCAUUUACAGAAAGUGGCUAGCCCUGCCGGAGAGCGUCCGCAUGAUCCUCACGCCGUUUCUCACUUCCAAGUACCUCCUGACGCCCAUGAACGUGGCCGCAGUCGAGUAUCCUAUUUUCCGGCCAGGCAAGCCUUACGGAAACUGGAUGCGCUCGUUCAACAUGGAUCUCCUACGCAAGGGGCAGAACGGGCAUGCGGAUCUCAUCUUCGAACCGUUGUGCCGCACCAUUCGAGUUAAGGAUCUGGCGGUUGCGGAAUUCUUGCUGCCCUACCUUGUUCUGCACGUCAUAAUAGGUCAUCGAAGUUCGCGUCAGGAGCGCGAUAAUGUCAUAGGCGAACUCGUUGGCAUUCUUCAGCAUCAGCCCGCGGAAGAUGCUCCGUACUCUGAACGAGAAGAUAUGAAGCUGUAUUGCGAGGCCGUCUUCCGAGUCCUUGACUACGCAAGCAGGUGGCUUCAAGAGAAAAAUGCCAGACGGAAGACGGAUAACGAUAUGCCCGCUAUUGCACGCGUUGAGGAUCUGCUAAGCACGAUUCCGCCGGUGCUCAUAUCCCAGCGGGCGAUGGAUUGCAAAGAAUACCCCCGUGCGCUCUUCCACCUUGAACAACAUGCUCAGCAAAUGGAGGUUGAGAAGAGCGAUCCAAGGCAGAAAACACUGCUUCUCGAGCAACUGCAGGACAUCUAUACACAGAUUGACGAGCCUGAUGGUUUGGAAGGCAUCUCUGCCCAUCUCCACGUUUUGGACAUCAACCAGCAGAUCCUUAGUCACAAGAAAGCGGGCAGAUACACCGCCGCUCAGACUUGGUACGAGAUCAAGUUAGCAGAAGAGCCUGACAACAUUGAUGUGCAAGUCGAUCUCCUCAACUGCUUGAAACAGUCUGGUCAACACGAUGUGCUGCUCAACUACGUCGAAGGCAUGCGGACGGAUUCUUCGACAGAGAACAAGAUUGUUCCCUACGCCGUCGAGGCAGCUUGGGCCACCCGGAGAUGGGACACGUUGUCCAAGUACACCAGUCGAUUCCACGGCAGUCCUUUGGAAGACUUCAACGUUAGCAUCGCGAAGCUGUUCAAUGCGUUACAGCAAAGAGGUGCUAACAGCGACACCUUUCCUCAGAUGCUGCAGAGCAUGAGAGAGAAGAUUGCUUCCGCUAUGACUCACUCAGCGACUGCGUCUCUGCAGGCCUGUCAUGACCUGAGACUCAGAUGCCAUGUGCUCACCGACUUGGAAAUUAUCGCCGGGACUCAAGCCCCGGAAAGUGAAGCACACCAAGAAGUGCUUACAGUACUGAACCGUCGCCUCGAGGUUCUUGGAGCAUAUGUCAGCGACAAGCAAUAUCUGCUGGGCAUCCGCAGAGCAGCUAUGGAGCUUUCACGGCAUGUACUGUUCCUCCUCUGCAUGUACUCUAAGCUAACAAACCACAGGCCUAAGUUUUCUGAUCUGGACAUUUCAUCGCUGUGGCUUUCGAGCGCUCGAUUGGCCAGGAAGGCCAACUCAACCCACCAAUCGUUUAAUGCUGUGCUUCAUGCCUCUCAACUUGGCGAUGGCGCGGCAGUCAUUGAGAACGCUCGACUGUUAUGGAAAGAUGGCCAUACCCGCAAGGCCAUUCAGGUCUUGCAGGGUGCUAUAGAAUCCAACAACUUCAUGACGCAGACCAAUAGUUCAUCCUCCAUCCGUGGCAUGGAUGCCCAGCAGAGGCAGCUGACGGCCAGAGCCCAGUUGAUGCUCGCCAAGUGGCUGGAUGCCGCCGGUCAAACCAAUCACGCUACACUGCGCGAAAAAUACCAGCAACCGCCCAAGACAGCAUCAGGUUGGGAAAAGGGACACUACUACUUGGGGCGCUAUUAUAAAAAGGUGUUGGAAUCCGAAAAGACACUCAAGCCGGACGAGCAAAGCGAUCCCUGUAUCCAGGGCGAGUACACGAGGCUCAUUAUCGAGAAUUACCUCCGGUCACUGAAUUACGGCACCAAAUAUCUCUACCAGACCUUGCCGAGAAUCCUCACGCUGUGGCUCGAGUUCGGAGCACAGGUCGACAAGGCUCCCGAAGGCAAGGUCUCGUUGUCCCGUGAACUCCAUAGGAGGCGAACGGAACAACUGAACCUCCUCCAUCAAUUCCUCGACAAGUACAUCAUUCGGCUUCCGGCUUACAUCUUUUACACGGCACUCCCUCAAAUUGUAGCGAGAAUAGCACACCAUAACUCGAGCGUCUACGAGAGAUUGAUGCACAUCGUUGUCAAGGUUGUGGAGUCCCAUCCUCGGCAAGCUCUUUGGAGUCUGUUCGGUAUCAUGACAACGAGGCAAGCCUCGGAGCGCAAGGUCCGAGGUCAACAGAUUCUGCAGACGCUCAAGGGAGUCUCUCGGAAGGUCGAUGGUGGCAGCUACGAUCUCAAAACACUUUUGAGGAUGGGAGAGAAGCUUGCAGAGCAGCUUUUGCUGGCCUGCAACAACGGAGAUUUCCAGAGCAACAGGACCACGGUGGCGAGCAUCACGCGGGAUCUGAACUUCAAUCACAAAUGUACUCCUUGCCCCUUGGUGGUGCCGAUCGAGUCGUGCCUGACGGCUGCCUUGCCAACGUUGACGGAUAACGUCAAGAAACACAAGGCGUUCGCACGCGAUGUCAUCACCAUCGACUCAUUCCUGGACGAAGUGCUGGUUCUUGGGUCUCUAGCCAAGCCGCGGCGACUUACCGCUCGCGGAACGGACGGAAGGAAUUACAUGCUCAUGAUCAAACCGAAGGAUGACCUUCGUACUGACCAGCGCCUGAUGGAGUUUAACAGCAUGAUCAAUAGGUCGUUGAAGCGGGACCCCGAGGCCAGCAGGCGCCAGCUGUACAUCAAAACAUACGCCGUUGUGCCGCUGAACGAAGAGUGCGGUAUUAUUGAGUGGGUUGAUGGGUUAAAGACGUUGCGGGAGAUCCUCCUGGAUCAGUACAAGACCCGUUCGGUCCACCCAGACUACAAUCAGAUCAAGCGGAUGAUGGCUGAGGCGGUGACGGGACCGAACAACAUUAAGAUGUUCACCGAGGGCGUCCUAGGGACGUUCCCGCCGGUGCUGCAGCAUUGGUUUGUCCAGCGCUUCCCUCAUCCUUCGACGUGGUUCUCGGCACGGCUCAAGUACACACGGUCUUGCGCCGUCAUGUCAAUGGUCGGUACCAUUCUAGGACUCGGCGACCGGCACGGCGAGAACGUGCUCUUGGAACGUGACAACGGCGGCAUCUUCCACGUCGACUUCAACUGCCUUUUCGACAAGGGUUUGACGUUUGCGCAACCGGAGAGAGUUCCGUUCCGGUUGACACACAACAUGGUGGCAGCGAUGGGCAUCUACGGAUACGAAGGCCCCUUCCGUCACUGCAGCGAACUAACGCUGGGUAUCCUUCGGCAGCAGGAGGAAACGUUGAUGACGAUUCUCGAGGCGUUCAUCUACGACCCCACGCUAGACCUCCAGAAAGAAAAGAAGACGAGCCGCAGACAGGACGGGGCGCCGCGAAUGCAGCCCCAGCUUGUGGUUGACAGCAUCAAGCGGAAAGUCAAGGGGUUGAUGGGGCAUGACACGAUCCCGCUGGGUGUGGAGGGGCAGGUGGAAGAGUUGAUCAAGCAGGCCGUCGAUCCGAGAAACCUGGCGGCCAUGUACAUCGGAUGGUGUCCGUUCUUGUGA